GAAUAUUCAUGAGAUAUCGAGUCAAACCUUUCAGGCGAGUUUAUGUGUAUUCACAGCAUCAUGCCUCGACUUUGUCAACCCAAAAACUCCAUUUUCUUAUGAAUGGAGAGUGAAAAAAAUCAGAUUCGCUUAAAUUGGGAUCCUUCUCAGCCGGAGGGAGUAGUGGAAGGAAAAGAAGUGAAGUGACAAGCUGGGAGGCGAACGAUGACCAUGACUACAAUGUCAGAAAACCUCAACAGCCCCGUCUCAAGUAAAGCAGUUUUUAUGGAGUUUGGGCCACCAAGUCAACAAAUGUCGCCUCCCAUGUCUCACGGACAUUACUCCAUGCACUGUUUACAUUCUGCCGGCCACUCUCAACAUGACAGCUCCUACAACACUGCUUCAUCCUUCUCACGAUCUCUGGGCUACCCCUAUGUCAACUCAGUGAACAACCAUUCCACUAACCCUUACAUCAGUUCAGUGCAAUCGUACCAAAGCAGUUCGAAUCUGGCCCAUACACGAUUAGAGGACACAGGAGCAGAAUCAGAUAAAGGUACGGUGGUGGAGAGUGGGGAAGUCAGGUUUAAUGGGAAAGGGAAAAAAAUUCGCAAACCCCGAACCAUUUAUUCCAGUCUACAGUUGCAAGCUUUGAACAGACGGUUCCAACAAACUCAAUACCUUGCUCUGCCUGAAAGAGCCGAACUUGCUGCUUCUCUGGGGUUGACACAGACACAGGUAAAGAUUUGGUUCCAGAACAAGCGCUCUAAGUUUAAAAAGCUGAUGAAACAGGGUAAUGGUGCAUUAGAGAACAGCGCCCUUGCUAAUGGUAGGGGCCUAUCCGGAUCCUCCCCUCCAGUUCCCCCCGUCUGGAACACCUCAUCUGCCGGCAAGAACUCCACAGGGACUCCGGGAAACUACAUCCCUAGCUACACAUCGUGGUAUCCUCCAGCGCACCAGGAAUCUAUGCAACAGCCUCAACUGAUGUAAGAUAACCGCCUUCGCCCUGUUUAAGCAAGGACAAUAAUCCGAGAAAGCAGUUUCUGAAGUGCACCAUGCCCUUAGCAGACACGUACAGAUGUGAUGCGGAGCCAGUUCUCAGUUCUGCCAGCUGACAGAUCGGCGAAAUCUCUAUCAGCUCACGUUAAGAGCAGACCGCUAGCACCAAGACUCUGAGGCAUAAUCCCUGGGACAGUUAAAAAGCCUUUGUUGCAAAUUCCUUGUAUUCAUCCUAUUCUGAAAUAGGCAGGCUUUGUAUCGAGUACCGUCUCCCAUUUAGGAUUUUAGGUCUGUAAACGAAUGACUGGUUAUGCAGCGCAGAAUUCAUGACAAUGGGAAGUUCUUACUGCACGCAGUCACCGU